AAUACAUUCAGCUACAAUUCGUCUUACUGGACCAACAAGAAAAACUACUCGUUGGACGACGGGCUUGAAGGACUGACAGACAAAGAAACAAAACUUUCUUCGUACUGGAACACACCGUUUAACAAAAUAUGCCUCGGAAUGAAAGUCAACAACUAUUCUACGAACUGGACAGUGAUCGACCAUCAAGCAAGCUCAUUGUUUAAAUUGAUCAAAGAUAACAACUUCACAUCAACAAGCGUUGGAAUUAAAGCAUGGGAAUCUCUUGUUGUUCAUCAUUCGUCUUGGGAGGAAAAUCAAAUGCGUGGUUAUCAAGAAGGGUUUAAUUUAUAUAAUGAAUACGUGUGUACACGUAUUGGAUUUUACCUCAGAAUAAAAUGCCCGGGGAGCAGCAUUGGUCCGUUCUUAGGCUUGG